GAGUUGUAGUGAGUUUCUCCCCUGCAAACUCUUCUGUUCCUGUGGGAUUAAAGUGAAUGCUGCGAUGUACCCGGAGCCCAGGCUGUGGCUGCUCAGAGAGGCCGAUGGGAUGAAGAGAGUAGCCCGGUAGCCUCUUCCCCAAGCCCCCAGCCAUGGCCAGCGCUCCCCCCUCCCCGGGCUGCCUGAGCGACAUUGCGCUGCGCUUCUCGGUGGAGUCGGUGCAAGUGGUGCCGGGCCUGCUGGGCGCAGCGGUGCUUGUGGGCAUUGUGCUCGGUGCGGCUGCUGCAGCCUUCCUCUGCUUCUGCCUCCUCUUACCCCGGCUCUCUAACAAGGGAAAGGACCCUGGGGUUGUUCUUGAAAACAGCAACUCUGAUAUAAAAAGACAAGACUGUAGAACAGAGUCCAAAAACGCAAUCCAUCCCAUAAGAAGAAAAUCACUUGAGGAGGAUAAUCCAUUCCCAAGCAAUGGGGUCGCUGCCUUUGCACUGAAGGCUAAGGUGGUUUAUCCAAUCAAUCAGAAGUUUAGGCCUUUAGCAGAUGGAGCCUCAAACCCUUCGCUACAUGAAAGCCAUAAGCAGACAUCAUUGCCGAACCAAAUGUUUGAAGGUUCUGCCUAUAGCAGUACAGAGUCUCUGAGCCAUGGAGAAAAGGAAGACUGCAGUUCCUCCACCACUAUUCAUUCCAUAACAAGCGAGGACAGGUUCUAUGAGAGAACGUUCCCCAGAGUUAACAGCUUCCUGGAAGUCUUAACCUUCAGCAGUUGUGAUGUCGGUUUGUGCCUCUAUAGUCUUUGCCUACAGACUUUGCCACUUCUCGAUGCGGAACUGAGGCGAGAGCAGCAUUCUAUGUUUCUACAGAUUCUGCGGAUAAACCUGACCGACCUGCUGCUGAAAAAGAAGAUUGAUGGGGAAACGUUCCGGAACCAACUCUCCGCACAGGAGGCAGAAUUGGAAGAACUUGAGGAGAGGUACCGCUCGAGAGUAACCAACACCAAGAUGAGUCGCGCUCACAGUUCUGAGUUCCAGACUAUGGAGGACAUAGAGAGAAGAGAGAGAGAAUAUUCCGAUCAUCUCAUUCAAAAUACUGAAGGCUUCUGGAUUCAAAUAGAAAAGGUGCAUCAGUUCCUGCUGGACCAAGCCAAGUGCUCCUAUGCAGAAGCUGAAAAGAUAAUGAUGGACCUGACCUCUAGAAUGACUGUGCUUGAAACUGUUCUGAGCGAGUCGCAGGAGUUGCAGGCAAUGGAGGUCCAGGAAAAAAUGAUUAGGUGGGAACAUAUGGCAAAGGUGGUCGAUUCCUUAAGACAUCAGAUACAGGAGGAAAGUGAAUGUCGAUUGAACGCUGUUUCCAAAACUUUGGACAAUUUAAAGAACCAGAAAAAAAUUUCAGUAAGACAAAAGGAACAUCACCUGACGGAACUGUUCAAGGCAUUCUGGGAGGAAGUGUCUCAGUACAACAAUGAGUGCCUUCAGCAAACGAAAAGCCUCAUAUCGAAACUGCUGACACACCGUGGCAAACUGAUAGAAAUUCUCAGGAGAACGCAGAAGGAGGAGAGACUGAAUUUUCUGAGUAAGGCCCAAGGUUCCUCGGAUCCUGACAGUUUCAUAAAGGAGUACCAUAAGCUUCUGGAGGAGCAGCGGGAGCUCUCGUGUGACCUGGAAGAUGAAGAGGACUGUAAAGCCUUGGAUUCGGUUGCUGAUCUCUGCAAGGAAUUAUACACCGGGGCCUCCCAAAACUUUGAAAAGCUGGUGAAAUCCCUGUUUCUUCAGACUCUUCCUGAAAUGACCGACUUGAGUUUACAGGAUUGCGAAAGCCUAAAGCUGGAACUGCGGCAACAUCUGUCCUCAGAGCUGGAGAAAGCAGAGGCUGAAAGGAAGGCAAAGAUUAAAGUCUUCCAAGAAACCCUCUUACAGGAGAAACAGCUGUGGGCCCAGGAACAGGUCCGAUCAUCAGCACUGCAGAACUAUGUGUCUGAGAAGGAGCAGCAGAUUAUCAAAGAAGUCUUAAGCCGACUGAGUGGUAUUAAUGAGGAGUCCAGCAGAGCGGCAGCGCAGAGGCACGACUUCUUCCUGCGAUGUGCUCUGCGCCCUUUAGCCCUUCGGAACAUCGCCAUGGCCACCCUCACCCAGAUGCGAAUGUCCAGGAAGAAAAUUGUUCUGCAAGAACUGAAAGAGCACCGUUGCCUGGAACGCUCCAAGUCUCAUUGCCAGGACGAGGAGCAGUGGAAAAUGCAAAAUGAAAUGGAAAUCCAUAUAUUAGAAGAGGAGAGGAAGCUGGAAGCGGAGACCCAGCAGGCGCGCACGGAUUGCCAGCAGCAGCUGCUCUCGGACCUUGCGGAGGCCUUGCAUCUCAUCCGGCAGCAUAUGCAGCGAGCCAUUGGGCAGACUCUCGUGCAUUAUGCGCAGCAGGAGGCUGCUAAAAGCAUGAUGGAGGACAAUAUGGACUUCAAGGAACGGCUGGUGGAAGCGGCAGUGGAGAGCGUGUAUGUGAGCAGGAACAGCGUGGAGAAGCUACUGCGGCGCUAUAACCAAACCAUGGGACAAAUCCUGGGCGAGUUUCAAGUGGCAAAGAAGCAUCAGCUGAAGGCGGUGAAAGAUAAGCUGACAACGGAGAAACAAAAAAGGGAGAAGAAAUCUCAAAAAGAUGAACUUUGUGCGCAACCAACUUAUUCUGAUUUUCUCAAAAGAUUUUUUCUCCAGCAAAACCAGUUGCUUGAGAAAUGUCAGCUCUAUCAGCAGAUCGGCUUGGACUCUGUAAGGCAAAGGAAAUCUGUGCAGCACCGGCUGUUCGGAGACCUGGAGAACAAGCUGAAGGAUGCGGAAGAGGAGUUCAUUGCUGAGCUGGCAUCCCUGGCACGCAUUUGCCUCACUGAUGGUAGCUACUCGUCCAAUAAUAAAGCUGUUCCUUCAGAAUCCACCAGAAAGAAUCUCUCUACAAAAAAGCACAUGUAAGAUUUCAGAGGAAACAAGGAGGCUGAGCUAUGGGCAGUGCCAGGGAAGGAGUGUUCCACAGAGGACAGAGGGGUUUGGGGAUCAAAGCAGAUACUCUCCGUCUGAUAGCAAGUUUUCUAUUCAACCAAUUCUUUCAAAGGGAAAUAUACUCUAUUUAUAAUAAAGGCUUUAAUUAUUCCCUUUAA